UCUAGGAAAACAACUUAAAGAAAACUCAAGGAAAAGCCAAAGAACAGGUCAUGAUGACGCGGACCAACCACAGCUAGGUGAAGGUCCUUCCCGGAUUGACCCUCCACCUUCCCUUAAUAAUCCAAUAUCUCCUUCCAUUUAUAACCCAAAGCAUUUCACCAAGAAACAAACAAAAGCAAUAGCGCUCUCAGACCCAGCGCGUGAGGUCCUCCGACCUCCGCACAUGCCCACCCUAGGGGCUGUGCUCGAGGUCUCCGAUCCCAUGUCUGACCCCCGCGCCCGGCCACCGCCAUCACAACCAUGGCAACCGUCAGAGGCGCAGCCACGGCCGAUAUCUUCGCUUUACAAGCAGCACUCGUGGUCUCCGGACGCGUACCGCGAUGAGGCGUGGCUUCGGCGCAAGGGCAACAGCAAGAACCGCAGGAGCAAGAGCGUGACGGACGAGGACCUCGACGAGCUCAAGGCCUGCAUCGAGCUGGGCUUCGGCUUCGACGACUCGUUGUCGCCAGAGCUGGAUCAGCGCUUGUCUGAUACUCUGCCUGCUCUCGGCUUGUACUACGCCGUCAACAAGCAAUACAACGACACCGUUUCCAAGCCAACCACCACCACUCCGCCUUCCUCAACGCCGUCCGAGUGCGACAGUGCUCCGUCUCCCCUCGGCAGUCCCCACACCACUAUAUUCUCCCCAGGUGAUAAUCCUCAGACGGUGAAGACAAGGUUGAAGCAGUGGGCCCAGGUCGUUGCUUGUACGGUGCGGCAAUGUUCAGGCUGAAUUGAAUAUCGGGACCAGGAUUAAGUGCGAACCAAACCCCAGUUAGCAAAGUAACCAAACAUCAAUGCCGACCUCCUUCCACAUGAUUCCCCCACCGACUUUUGCUUGGUUUUGUUAUUAUCAGUAAGAUUAAAGUAAUCUGAACGAGACCCAUUAAAUGAAAACCAACUUGAUUGACUUUUU